GUGGGGCUGGGGCUGGGCGUUGGAGCUCGCUCGGAUCGGUGGAGACGCGUAAAAUGGCCGCUGCUGCCAGCACCGUCGAGGCACGGUGCAUCACAGAUUUGCGUGUGGUAGAUCUCAAGUCAGAACUCAAGCGGCGGAAUCUAGACAUAAGUGGGGUCAAAACCGUGCUCAUUGCGAGACUGAAGCAGGCAAUAGAAGAGGAGGGAGGAGAUCCUGAUAACAUUCAGCUUUAUGAAACACCUUCAAAGAAAACAUCUAAAAGCAAAGGGAAGAAACAGGAUACUGAUGAAGCUGGUGGUGAUGUCAGCACAGAAGAAGAUGGCAAUAGCAAGAUGGACGCUGAUAUGGAAGCAAGCCAGAAUGAUAUUCAGGAAACAAAUGAUCAGUAUGGACUUGAUGAGCAAGAAAUCGGACAAACCAAGCAAAUGGAUAAAACUGGUGAUGCAUUCAAUGAACAGCUGCCUGUGAGUGCAGAUGAACCUAGUGCCGAAGGUCUGGAUGAUGGAGAACCAGAAGACCAGGCUGAGGAAGAAAAUGAAGAUCUUGUUCUUGAAGAAGUGGAUGUCCUUAUACCUGAAGAGGAAGCCGAAGAGGAUGGGAAUGAAAAAGAUGUAGAUGAUAUAGAUGACGGUUCUCGUGAAGUGUCUAAAUUUCUACCUUCAGAGCAAGGCCUUGCUGAGGCUCAACAAACAAUUCAAGAUGAAACUGAACUUAAUGCAUCUUUGAAGGAAGUGGAUGAUGACAAUAUAUCAGUCACAAUCCAAGCUGAAGAUGCCAUCACAUUGGACUUCGAUGGUGAUGACCUCUUGGAAACAGGUAAAACACUGAAAAUUCCAGAAUGUGAGAAUAAAACCAUUGCUGAAAAGGAGUGCCAGUCCCAGGAGGAUAUGAAGGGAGAAGUCAAAAAUGAUGGAAAGAAAGAAAAAAUCCACAAGGAAGGAAGAAAGGAGGAAGGAGCUAAAGCAGAGUCAGCGAAGAAGGAGACCAGAGAAGGGUCCAGAAAAGUUGAAGCCGGAGAGAAAGAGAAAGAUUCUUCAAAGAAAGGCCCCUCAUCUUCUGGGGCAUCCAGUCAAGCAAAGAGUUCAAGUAAGGAUUCGAAAGAUAAGAAUACUUCUAAAGAUGAAAAAGGAGCUGGUAAUAGCAAUACUGGGACCAGCAGCAGCAGCACUAGCAGCUCUUCCAAAAACCUCUGGAUUAGUGGCUUGUCCUCGAAUACAAAAGCAGCUGAUCUAAAAAAUCUGUUUAGUAAAUAUGGCAAGGUUCUGAGUGCCAAAGUAGUAACCAAUGCACGGAGUCCUGGUGCUCGAUGUUACGGAUUUGUGACCAUGUCUUCAAGUACAGAAGUGACUAGGUGUAUUUCUCAUCUUCAUCGCACAGAGCUGGAUGGACAGCAGAUUUCUGUUGAAAAGGUUAAAAAUGAUCCAUUUAAAAAAGAAUCUACAACAAAAGAUGGGUUUGGGAAGAUGAGUUCAAGCAGAAGCAGUAGUGAUAAAAAGAGUUCAACUAGUGGAAAGGCCAGUAGCAAGACUCAAGUUUCUUCCAAAAAAGAGGAUAAGAAAACUGACAAACCUGGGGAAAGAAAAGAAAGCAAGGACGGAUCAAGUUCCACAAAGAAGCCAGAAAAUAAAAAGGAUGAGAAAGAAAGCGCAAUGAAUAUUAACCAUGGCCAUUCCAAAAAAAUGGAAGAGAAAAGGCGAAAGAAUGUGAAAAGUCCUCAUCGGAUGGUGGUUAUAGACAUGGCUAAAGGUGAACCAGUUGUUAGUGUGAAAACUGCAAAGAAAGUCAGGAAUGACCAGACAUCGACUUCUAGAAAUAGAGAGAAACGUUUUCCAACUAAACCGGAUGCUAAGGAGAGAAAGGAUAUUCUGCCAUUUGAGAAAAUAAAACAGCAAAAAAUUCGUGAGCGUCUAAUUCGACUGGAGCGCAUACGUCGUGCAAUAGAAUUAAGAAGGCGCCGUGAAAUAGCCGAGAGACAGCGUCGUGAGCGGGAACGCAUCCGUAUGAUUCGCGAACGUGAGGAACGUGAUCGUUUGCAGCGAGAAAGAGAACGAUUAGAAAUUGAGAAACAAAAGCUUGAAAGGGAAAGGAUGGAACGGGAACGACUGGAACGAGAACGCAUACGUAUAGAACAGGAACGUCGCAAGGAAAUAGAACGCAUUGCUCGGGAACGUGAAGAACUCCGUAGGCAACAUGAGCAGCUUCGGUUUGAACAAGAAAGAAGGAACUCUUUAAAGAGGCCACAUGAUGUAGACAAUAGGCGUGAUGAACCCUAUUGGAGUGAUCAUAAAAGGAGAGCCAUGGACAAUGAUGUCCGCUUUGGUCACAAUUCAGAUUACGGUCGUCAAGAGCCAAACCGUUACAAUGAUUUUGAUCAUAGGAUGCCAUCUGCAUUUGAGAGGAGAGGAGAUCGUUACAACAGUCAAGGAGAUGGAAAGAAGAAUCGUGCUGGUAGUCGCAGAGAGGAUCCUGGGUAUAAUCGGUAUCCAAAACCAUAUGGUGAUUCCCGAAGACCAAGUUCUCAACAAAGAAAUGAACUUCAUGGAAAUAGUGAGCGGAGAGAAAUCCGGGAUCGAGAUGACCGUCGAACAGUAACAAUUGAGGAUCGUUCAGGAGGCACCAGGGGUCAUAACCAUCUGGAAAAGAUGUCACCAUCAAGAAACUUUCCUGAUAGAGAUAGGAUGGGUGACCAUGGGGUCCACCAUGGUCGACCAAACCAAAAUUCUUCUAGACCCAAUGAUUGGAAGUCAAGUAGUGGUAUGGGCUCUACCAAACGUGAAUUAAGGAAUUCAAGAGAGAGAGAGCGAAUACGGCCAGAGAGGUCUGGACCCAAUGUGCGAAGUGGCCCACCGAGUGGUCACGGCAGUAUGACUGGUUACAGUAGCCGAGAUGGAGGACGGCCUGCUAUUGGUGACAGAAGUAAUAAUCCUCAGGCAUCUCAUUAUCAUGAAAACAGACAUGUGGUGAUAGAACGCCAUGGCCGAGAUGCAGGAGGACCAAGAAACAGUUGGCAUUCUGGGCCCAGUUCUCAAGGCAGUGGAUAUCAAGAGGUGCGGCGAAUGAGUGAUGGUCGUGGUCCUGGCAUGAUGCCACCAUCCAGUCCUGUAGCAAACAGAAUUGUGCAGAUCACGAACAACACAAUACAAGGAGGCAAUGUUUCAGGCUCCAAAGGACUGCAUGGAUCAGGAGAUGCUCGCUUUAAGCCAUUCAAAGGGGGUGCUCCACGAAGACUCUAAUCCACAUUGUUUGCAGUAGAUUAAUUUUUUUGUUUCUAGAUGUACCUGUAUUUGUAGUUAUAUUCAAUCAGUUCAACCUAUGUUUUCCCUGUGCCACAGACAUUAUUACGUCUGUUUUUUAGCACAUUGUUUUACCACUGACCUUUUUGCUGUUGGUUUUAUUCAUGUAGCAGUACAGCCAUUGAACAUGAAGAAAAGCCACUUUUGUUUUCAGUCUGAUUUGUGUAAGUGUCUUGCUUUGGAAGAGAGCAUGGCAGUGGAACCCCAAUUAUCUGUUAGUAUAGAGAUUGGGUAGGGAAUUCCCUCUCCAUAGAUAAUGGAACUUGGAUGUCUGUGCUCAGUGAGCCUUAGGUUUGGUGUAUCCUCUGGAUGUUACUAGCACCAUGUCAUUACAGUCAAAAAUGGAGCAAUUCUUGAUUAUUGGCAGCCUUGACUCCAUUCAUAUACUGAACUAAUUCAAGAAUGUUUAAAAGAUUAAUUUGUAAACUGUUAAUUGCUAUCCUGUGAAUAAUUGAAAAAUGCAUAAAGAAAGGACAGACAGAUAACUGAGACUCCACUGUAUGGUUAAUUAUUCAAAGCUUCUUAGAAGACAAUUGUGCAAUUCACUUAUCUGUAGUAAUGCAGUUAACCUUCUACAUUAAUAAACAGGACACAGGGAGGGGCAGCAGGCUCCACCAUUUUGCAAAAUAGCAUAUUUAUUGACAAUUAAUUUUCUACAUUUACCAGCCACAGUUUAGAAUAUUAAUAACUUUUCUCAAAGGAUUGUUCUUUACAAGUGUAUAAAUGUGGCACCAAUGCUGGGAAGAUGUAUUCUUGGAUUUUGGAAUAAAUCUUCAUGACAUUGUUAUUUGAA